UAUCACUGAUUCACUGGCACUCGGCUCGCAGUUUCUCUCCUUCUUCCCCAUUCCUCAGCCGCUCUAUGCGUGUCGGCGACCAUGCAGAGGCAAUCUCUCGGCUCACCUUCCUCCAAGCUCCACCUCCAUGGAAGCCCUAAGGAGGCCCCACUCUCACCACAAGAACCCAAGCGCCGCCUUGAAGUCGACGACGACAACAACAAGACUCAUCGCUUGUCAAUAUCGCCGUCUCCCGCACCGAACAAGUUCAUCCACCUCAUUCCCAUUCUCACGCUCCUCUGCUUCUUCAUCCUCUACCUCUUUUCUCACAGUCCUUCUCAAUCAGACUUGGCUCAGUUCAACGGAUUCAAGCGCUCCUCCAGUCAUUUCGAUUCGGCGGUGGAGAUGAACGACAUUCAGAAGUACAUAAAGGUGGAAAGAGGCGAUGUUUUAGCGAUUCGAAGCCUGCGUAAUUUGCGAGAGAUCGGGAAACAGUCUCAGAAAUCCCGGCCUCACAGGAAAUUCGCUGAUUUCUAAUCUUGAUUUCUCGCUGCCUUUCAUUCAAUAUUCUUAUUCGUGUAUAUCCGAAUUGCUUGCGGAAAAUUUUUUUUUUUUGCCGCUUUCAUUUUUGUACAGGCAUUUCGAGUUCGGAAUUGAUUUCCACUGAAUAAUCAUAAUAGCACAAUAAUUCCCAUAAAUCUUUGUCUCCUGUUGGAGCUGCUCGGCCAAACAACUGGAACGGCGAGUGUAGGAUAAAAAAUGUGAGUUCCGGCGACGGCGUAAGAUAGAAGAGGACAGGGUGUGGUGCGCCGAAUGUUGGAAUACAGCUGGACUUUGGGACCGUUAACUCGUCUCGGUUUGCGGUUGAAAUGCCAGCUGUAAAUGGUGGUGCUCAUAGGAAUAGUACACCUCAUUUACCCUGCAAUUGAUUUUCUCAGUUGGCCUCAAAAAAAAUAAAAAAAGGAAUGCCAUUUUUCUUGAUGGAGUAUUGAAUGUUAUUUUGUGGAGAGCAAAAGUAGUAAUGGGUGAGUAUUUGGGAGAGGGGAGAGGAUUUUCAUUAAUUUUGCUAAUAAUUAUUUAAUGCAUCUAUUUAUUUA